AUGGUUUCUGAUUCGGAUUCUGAUUGUCCACCAAUUUUUCUAGAAGUUCCAACACAAGAAAUACAAUCGAUACCUAUACAACCAAUACAAUUCUCUAUUUGGAAUACAUUUAAACAUCAUAUUCGACGUUUUCUUAUAACUAUUCUUGUGGAUGUUAUUCUCCCAUUUGUUUUAUAUCUUAUUCUACAAAAACGAACUAAACCAGUUCAUGCACUUUUAAUAGCUGGUAUUCCACCAUUUAUUAUGGUUAUCGUCAAAGGUAUCCUAUCACGUACAUUCGAUGCACUUGGUUUUAUUGUAUUCAUUGCUUUUUCCGCAUCAGCUAUUGCCGCUCUUAUUACAGGUAAUCCUGUUAUUUUGCUAUUAGAAAAAUCACUUGUUACUGGUUUAAUCUCGAUUGUUUUUGGUAUAACAUUAAUACCAUUGCAUUGUUGUCAUCAUCGAUGUCAUAUACGCCCACUUACAUAUUAUUUUUAUCAAGAUUUAGUACCAACAAAACGUGCAGAUGUUGGAUUACCAGAUGUUAUCUUUGAAAAUGAACAAGAAACAGUUGAUGAUCAAUGUAUUGAAUUACUUGAAGAUAGGAUAUUACCUAAAUUAACUGAUAAACAAGAAGUUGCUCAAGUCUAUGAAUGGAUUUAUGCACAUUGUUCAUCAUUUCGUCGUUCAUGUUAUAUAACAACAAGUAUUUGGUCAAUUGGACUUCUUUUAGAAUUUCUUGCUCGAUUAUUUCUUAUUUUAAUUCAUUUAACUGUUGAUCAAAUAUUUAUUUGGGGUCAUAUUAUAUUAGGUAUAAUGACAAGUCUAUUAAUUUUACUUUCAAUUAUUUGUAUAACAAACGAAAGAAAAAAAACAUUAAAAUUUAUUGAAAAAUACAAAAAAAAUUAUUUAAUUACUCAACAUGAACAAUCAUCAUCAUCAAUAAUAAAUAACUUAGAUUGUAAUAUUAAUAUUUAA